AUGGCGGCCGCGGUCCUGGCAAGCGGAGCACACCCCGGCUCUGUCCUUGGCCGGCUGCGGGGACAGGCCGCCCGGGCGCGCCCGGAGUCAGUGACUUUUGAGGAUGUGGCUGUGUACUUCUCUGAAAAAGAAUGGACCGUCCUGGCCCCUGCUCAGAGAGCUCUGUACAGGGAUGUGAUGCUGGACAAUUAUGGGGCAGUGGUUGCCCUGGGAUUUCCAUCUUCCAAAACCAGCUCUGAUCCCCAGCUGGAGCAAGGGGAAAGCACCCUGUGCUCCACUCCUCAGGGAGCUCUGGAUGGAAAUGGGCCAAGGGGCACUCCUCAGUGAAGUGUGUCAAAAAGUAAGAUAGAAGAUUUUAUUCUGAAAGAGGAAGAUUUUGAGGAAGCACAGGACCUCACAGUGCUAUCAAGUGGACCCCAGUGGUGUGGACCCCAGGAAUUCUGGUUUGGAAAAACCUGUGCAGAGGAGAAAAGCAGGUUAGGGAGAUGGCCUGGCUACCCCAAUGGGGAAAGUAUGGCAAAUACUACAGAUGAUAUUAUAAAAGUGAUUGUCAAGGAUGAAAUGAUCUCAGUACAAGAGAGUUCAGAGAAUUCUGAUGUCAAUAACCACCUUGGGAAAAUUCUAACUGAGCAAGUAUUUUAUAUAUGUGAAGAAUGUGGCAAGUGUUUUGGUCGAAAUGAAGACUUUGAUCAACAUCAGAGAACUCAUAAUGGAGACAAAGUCUACGGAUGUAAGGAAUGUGGGAAGGGUUUCAGUUUUAGAUCACAUUGCAUUGCACAUCAGAGAAUUCACAGUGGGGUGAAACCCUAUGAAUGUCAAGAAUGUGCUAAAGCCUUUGUUUGGAAGUCAAACCUGAUUCGGCACCAGAGAAUACACACAGGUGAGAAACCCUUUAAAUGUAAGGAAUGUGGGAAGGGCUUUAGUCAGAACACAAGCCUUACACAACACCAGCGAAUCCACACUGGAGAGAAACCAUACACAUGUAAAGAGUGUGGGAAAAGCUUUACACGAAACCCAGCCCUUCUCCGACAUCAGAGAAUCCAUACUGGGGAGAAGCCUUAUGAAUGUAAGGACUGUGGGAAAGGCUUCAUGUGGAACUCUGAUCUUGCUCAGCACCAGAGAGUCCACACUGGGGAGAAGCCUCAUGAAUGUACUGACUGUGGGAAAAGCUUCAUUUGCAAGGCACACCUUAUCCGACAUCAAAGAAUUCAUACUGGGGAAAGACCCUAUAAAUGCAACGAAUGUGGAAAGGCCUUCAGUCAAAAUUCUGUCUUGAUUAAGCACCAGAGGCGCCAUGCUAGAGAGAAAACCUGAUGAUUAUCUAUCAGACCUCUCAUCUUGAAUAUUAGAGACUGCAUAAUGGUGAUGUUGUGUAUAGUUCUUGGGCUACAGGAACUCCAGAGCCAUAACCCUAAUAGCCAGUAUUAUUUUGCCUCUUCCCAUGAACAGAUACUACAUACUAUAGCAAAACUCGACCCCCAUAUCACUGUGUUUAUAUUGGGCACUGUUUAGUUGAGUACUGCUCUCUAUCAGGUACCAUGCU